GCCGAGGACGCGGCGCCGGAGGUCGAGAUGGUGACGAGCCUCGGCAGCAUGCGCUUCAUGCUCACGCCGCAGAUGACGCCGGCGACCGUGAGCAACUUCCUGGCCUACGUCGACGACGGCUUCUUCGACGGCCUGAUCUUCCACCGCGUCAUCGAAAACUUCAUGGUCCAGGGCGGCGGCUUCGACGCGGCCAUGCACCAGCGGGCGACGCGCGACCCCAUCCCGCUCGAGGCGGCGUCGGCGACGUCGAACGGGCGAGGCACGAUCGCCAUGGCGCGCACCAACGUCGCGGCCUCGGCGACGUCCCAGUUCUUCGUCAACCACAAGGACAACGCGAACCUGGACGCGUCGAGCACGAGCCAGGGCUACGCGGUUUUUGGUUUUCUCGUCGGGCCGCCGGACGACCGGAGCGACGCGUCGCGCGGCCUCGCGACGCUCGACGCCAUCGCCGCCGUCGCGACGCGCACCGUCACCGUCGACGGCCACGCCUUCCAGAACGUGCCCGUCGAGCCCGUGCUCAUCACGUCGGUCCGGCGCGUC